AUGCGGCCAAUCGUUCCUCUCUAUCCGGAAAAUGCAGCUUUGAAGCCACCAGCGCAACCUUCAAGGAGGAUACUCCCGCCGAGGGUCAAGAAAGCGACACGGCGUUGGGAGAGGGCAGGGAAGCCUAAAUCUCGAUCAGGUUGUAGGACUUGCAAGAUUCGAAGAGUUAAAUGCGAUGAGAACAAACCAAUAUGCUUCCGAUGCGCCAAGGGUAGCUUUGACUGUGACAGGUACUCCAGCGAUGCGGCAGACGACAGUAUCGCACCGGAUGGAUUCUCUAGUGGCACAGAAAACUCAGAGACUACGGAUAGUGGUGCAUCCAUGUAUACUUCCCCUGAAACACCCGAGACCAACUUGAGCACGACUUCCAACCCUAAGCCCCAUUUCUGCAACUGGCCGGAUAGCCCUGGUACAAGUUCAUUUUGUCCAUCGAGCCACAGUGUCAUAUACCUCGAAUAUUUCCAUCACCACGCAAGCCUCAAUAAUGGCGUUUUCAGCUACUCCGAGCUUUUCUCAAAUAUUGUGCUUCAAGAGUCCUUGCAAGACGAGUGCAUGCGCGAUUCUGUCUUUGCAAUUGGAUCUUUCCUCCUUAGCGGGUUCUUUCUGAGUCAGUCUAGCUCGCACAUGACGACGGUUGAUCACCACCGACAAGCUUCCCUGCAGUUCUACACUACUGCUUUCACUACCUUUCGUAGCCAAAUGCAGAGUUCACAUGAAGUGUCCCAGAAAUGGAUACUUCUGAUGACUCUGCUGCUGGUUGUGUAUGAAUUGCUCAAUGGUGACUUUGACGCCGCUGAUGGGCUUUUAAGUACCGCUUUAGAAGCGCUGCGCCCCUCACUGACUACCCUGCCGAGUCCACCCAUCAUGUACUCGGACAUGUUUACUUACACGAGCAUACAAGUCAUGGGAGAGCCAGAGCCACUCUUCACCAUGGCAAGCCUGAACACUUCUCAACCGACCACUCAAGAGGCUUCGCUCGUGUUGUUUCAUUGGGAAAAUAUGCCGUUGCAUACUGGGCCAAUGCGCAUCGUUUAAAGA